GAUACCUCCCAGAAGUUCUUUAAGACCCUCCAAGAGCACUCCGACGCGGUCUUCGCGCUAGAGGAUAAGGACCCCAACAGCCUCUGGAUGGUGGACCCCAAGUGUAUGAUGGCGAGAUGGCUCAGCAUCCUUGCCUACGCCCCGCAUCGGUGGCAGGCGGGGCGCCACCAAUGCGCGAAGCCGAAGCACUCGUGCUUCAGGAACAUCUGCUCGUUUGCCAAGUUUCCCUCUCGCCGCCUGUACAGGUAUUUGAGCCGCGCCGCGGUCUUUGCAGUGGAGACCGUGAACCCAGGUUGGGCGUGCCGCGGCUUGGAGGACGGCGCCCUGAAUUUGGUGGCGCAGUUCGCGAAGCUAGAGAAAAACGCCUCACUGAACCCUAAGUGCCUCUGGUGUGGGACCCCAAUGGAAGCUCCCGGUACCCUUGUGGCUGACGCGGGGCAGGCCUACGAGGAAAUCCCC